GCAAAAGUUUGCUCUGUAGACACCAAACAGCUCUCUCGGAGCUUUGGCUGAACGAGAGUACAGCAGGAAUACAAGCUAGCCAGCAUGUCUCCGUUCUCCGCCUUGCUGAUAAUGUCAGCUCUGCUAGGCCUAACAUCAUUUGGAACUGGAAUGCUACCGCUGAGCAUCUCUUUCUCUCGAAAGCACUUAUCUCAGCUAUCUACCCUGGGCACCGGUCUGUUGCUUGGAACCGCACUCGGCGUCAUUCUGCCAGAAGGAAUUGAAACACUAUCGCUCGCUGACCCAAGCUCCGAGCUUCCAACAACGACGAUAGCACUAUCUCUCCUUGUCGGCUUCUCUCUCAUGCUCCUCGUCGAACAACUAAGUGGUUCACACUCUCACUCCGACUCUCCAAACGACGACCGUUCCAAAUCCAUCGCCAACGCUUCCAAAUCUCGUGACGGCGAAGACCAGGUAGAAUUUGAUGUCGAACUCGGAGAAUUAGAGGACGAACAAGGCAUCCCACGCCGGCCCCAUUCAAGGUCUUCAUCGCCUCCGCGAGACCGUGAAUCAGAGUCGAACAGAGUACCAAAGCAACGACCAUUUACACUGACCAUCGGUCUCGUUCUACACGGCCUAGCAGAUGGUCUUGCCCUUGGAGUGUCGGCACUGUCUUCUGCGGAUUCUACAGUAUCGUCCGAUCUGUCAUUCGUGGUGUUCUUCGCGCUUGCUAUACACAAAGCUCCUACUGCGUUGGCAUUUACUACGUCCCUUUUGGCCACAUCACUUCCUCGCGUCGAAUGUAGGAAACAUCUUGCAGUGUUCAGUGCAUCAACGCCUAUAGGUGCCAUCGCCUCCUACGCAGCAUUCUCCUUUGUUGGAGCCGGCGACCCUGUCAGAGUCGGUAUAGCGCUUCUGGUCUCGGGAGGGAGCUUUUUAUACGUCGCCACCGUCCUGCAACCAGUGUCGCACAGCAGCUCUUCUACGAAUUCGCCUCAAGAGGAGACGAGCAAGCAUGCGCGGCUACUGUUGCUGAUGUUGGGAAUGUUUGCGCCUUUCGCGAUAGGUUCUCUUCUGGAGCAUGGGCAUGAUCAGAUUGGUGCUUCUUGAUGCUGCGGGACGAGAGGUGUUGUGGACCUUGACGUUUGAUACGACGAUAUCCCUGUAUAAG